UUGCCCUGACUUUGUACAGAGAUUGGAUAUUGCAGAAUUACAGCAGUCUGGUUUCUGUGGGUGAGGAGAAUAGUUUGCUUGCAGUCUCCUUUGCUCCUUAGGGUUCCUAGCAAAACUAAUCUGCGUGUGUGUGUGACUUGUGUGUUUAUAGAAUCUCACACCUCACAGAGUAAAGUAAAAUCCUCAGAGGAACAAAGAAAAAGUUUCACAAAAUGUUCUCUCUGUUUUGAGUCUUUUUUGGAGGUGUAAGGCUGCCAGCAUUUUUGGUCCAUGAUAACAGAACCUCCCUAGGGUAUGAUUCUCAUCCCAAUCAUUCCCUUACAUUUUCGCCUCUGAGAUUUGACUGAGCUGUGAUUGGAAGUGGGAUUCAAGUAACAAUAAAUAUUUCUAGAUAUUUUCAGUAUUCUGACACUGCACGACAAUUGGAAAAUCGUUUUAUAAUCCUCUAUUUUGUUUUCUCUUCAUGUACUGAGCACAGUACUGUGUUAGAAAUCCAGCUGCUUUCUGAAGAAUCUCUUUCUCGUGUGCAGCACUCACUGAGCACCAGGACCUGUUCGCCUGUGAAGCAGAACAAAGAGGCCUGGAAGAUGGAGAGGGAGGAAUCAGUGGCUAAGGAUGCAGGGUCUGUUUACAUUCUGGGAUGUAGCUGUGGACUUCACCCAAGAAGAGUGGGAAUGUCUGAACUCUGCUCAGAGGACUUUGUACAUUGAUGUGAUGUUGGAGAAUUACAGCAACCUGGUCUCUCUGGAGAACUAUUGCAAAUGUGUUCCUGUCCGCCAGCAUGUGAAUAAUGAAAAGGAGUCUCGUCAGUGUAAUGAGCUUGGCAAUGUGCUUCAUGACCCCUCCACAUGUGCACUUUAUAAAACACACAGGACUAGAGAAAACUCUAAUAGCUACAGAUGCAGUGAUCACAGGGAUGCCUCUGUUGACAAAUCAAACCCUGAUAGACAUGAAAGCUUGCACACUGAAAAAGAACCUUUCAAAUCUAAAGACUGCGAGAAAUCUUUAAAUUUGGGUUCUAUCAUUACUCAAGAUCAUAGACGCUACACUGCAAAGAAAGAACACAGACAGGGUGAAUAUGAUGACUCUUUCUCUUCCUCAUACAGUAUUUUGCAACAAACAAUCUACGUUGGAGGGACACCACACCAAUGUUGGAAACGCAGGAAAUGUGUCAGUACCACCUCAAGCCUCAUCAUACAUCCGAGAAUUUAUACUGGAAAGAAACCCUAUAAGUGCAACAUUUGUGACAAAUCCUAUAAGCAAAGUGCAAGUCUUAAAACACAUCAAAGACUUCAUACUGGGGAGAAACCUUACAAAUGCAAAGAUUGUGGAAAGUCAUUUCGCCUGUUGGUAGUACUUAAAAAUCAUCAGAAUAUGCAUACUGGAGAGAAGCCUUACACAUGUAAGGAAUGUGACAAAUCCUUUCCUGUGAAGUCAACUCUUACAAAGCAUCAGAGAAUUCAUACUGGAAAGAAACCCUAUAAGUGCAACGUUUGUGACAAAUCCUUUAGUCAGUGUUCACAUCUUAAAAUACAUCAAAGACUCCAUACUGGAGAGAAACCUUACAAAUGCAAAAAUUGUGAAAAGGCAUUUCAUGACUUAUCAGCACUUAAAAGCCAUCAAAAAAUGUAUACUGGAGAGAAGCCUCACAAAUGUAAGGAAUGUGACAAAUCCUUUGCUCUAAAGUCAACUCUUACAAAGCAUCAGAGAAUUCAUACUGGAGAGAAACCCUACAAAUGCAACAUUUGUGACAAAUCUUUUACUCAGUGCUCAAGUCUGAAAACACAUCAAAGACUCCAUACUGGAGAGAAACCUUACAAAUGCAGAGAAUGUGGAAAGUCCUUUCCUCAGUCCUCAGCACUUAAAAGCCAUCAAAAAAUGCAUACAAACAAAAGGCAUGCUGGAAAGUAGCUUUACCAAUGCAACAGUGUAACAGGUCCUGUAACCAUUAUUCAUUAUUAGGAAGGCAGUAGAAAAUUCAUUUUCUAGAGAAAUAAUACAAAGGCAAAGAAUGUUGUAAGUCCUUUCUCAGAUUAUCACAUCUUUAAAUGCAUUACAGAAUCCACACAGGUGAGAAACUGUAGGACGGUGAAAUAUGUGACAAAUGCUUCACUAUCACCUCUUCUCUUAGAACACUUCAGUAAAUUUAUACUGGAGAGAAAUCUUACAGAUGUAAAGAAUGUGACAAUCUUUUUCUAAGUGUUCAAGUGUUCAAACACAUUAGAAAAUUCAUACUGGAGAGAAACUUUACAAAUGGCAAAGACUGACAAAUCCUUCAUCCAGCAUUCAAAUCUUAGAAUAUAUUAUAGAGUUCAUAAUGAAGAUAGACUUGCAUAUGUAAAGAAUGCGAAUUUUUUACUAAAUGCUCAACUUUUCGAGCACAUCAAAAAAUACUGGAGAGAAAAAUGCCAUUGUGAAAGAUGUGAUGUAGCAUUUGUCUGGUACUCUCUGCUUAUAAUCACAAUAGUAUACACAAUAGAAACAUAAAGAUAUGAAAUUUUUGAAAGCUUUGAGGUUUAUAUAUUAGAAAAAUAUCAAAGAGUUUAUAUUAUAAUAAAAUUCUGCAAAUCAAA